AUGGACGACUUGAUGGCAUUGGCUACUUUGGAUGGCUUGCUUACUGAACGGACUGCCUUGCUGAACCGCUUGGCAGAAAUCAACGUCAACAUCGCGACUCAGGUGGCAGCUGUUCGUGAGGCAGCUGGAGGGGAUGAAGUCUUCGCGAAUGCUGAUACAGUCGAUCCGCCCCCGUCUCCUAGAGGUGACGCCGAUAACGAAGACAACGCAAACGACAAUAACGAUAUCGACGAUGACCUCCAAAUUGCAUUCGACUUCGAAGGUGGGUUUGGUGGGAUGAUGGAGCCGAUACUUCCUGAGGGACCAGGCUCUCUGGAGACUACAUCCUCGCCAGACGCAGAGAUUAUCCCCUCGACACCGUUCCAACCUUCCAAGUUAUCACUUCGUGACCCCACGUCUAUUGCAUCUUGGCAAGGCCGGCCCAUUGACUCCCGAUUCAAGCCUGACCAGUGGCUGUCUGAGAAGCCCAGCGAGUCCUUCUCACGAGACUUCCUCUGGAGGAUUGGUAGAGCCCGCUUAGACAACACCCUGCGUCCCGAGAUUUUUGUCCUCAUGCUCGCCCAUCCCAACGCUGCGGGAUGCCCUGCCAACAAAACUUGCCACCACUGGGAGUUGCGCUGGGAUGAUAGACCCCGAAGAGAGCCUGGAACCAUUGAGCUGGAGCUGAUCUGCCUUGAUAAGCGUGACCGCGGAGAUUAUAUUUCUCCCUCCGGCGAGGCGUUCCAUAUGCUUGACCAGCAUCAUCCUAAACCCAUCAAAUGCAAUCCAUGCUUCUUGUUCCAUGGUCUGAAGCCUGACUUCAGCAGUCUGGAUGGGACUAAUCUUGAUGUGGUUUUGUUUCGACUGCUUGAGCCUAAUGACGGCGACGAUGAUGAUCCCGUUGAGGGGCGGGACGAAUCCGAAGGCAAUAAUCUUGAUCAUCCGUUUGAGAAGAUUGGAUGGACAGAAGUCCAUAAGUACAUGGAUCGCUGGGGUCGUCAGCUCGCAACUUUGUUGCGUGAGUGA